AUGUCCUGGCAGGCUUCGUGGGUGCUGAUGGUCCUGAUGUUGAUCAGGGUCCUGGUUGUACCAGUGACCCCCUUCCCAGCUUUGCAGAGCUUCCCUCAGGAACGUUCUCAGACCACUCCUUAUCCUGUGGCCUCAGUGAGUCCCUCUGCUACAACCACAGGCCUGUCUUCUGCCUGGGGUCACCCCAGCCCUGACCCCCGCCUUGGCUCCCGCAUCACCCUCUCACUGGACGUACCUAUCGGCCUCCUGCAGAUCUUACUGGACCAGGCCCAGACCAGGGCUGCAUUGGCUGCUGCCAAUGCCCACAUCCUGGCAUGUGUUAGCCGAAGCUGA